AUGGAUUUAAGAAAAAGUUGUAAUCCCAACAAGUUUAAUUAUGACAAGAGUAGUAAUAUCACUGAAUUGAAACAAGAUGUUAUUAAUGAUGAUGAGGCUAUCAUAACGGAUGAACCAAAUGAUGGAAUUAACUCAGCAGAGAAUAUUGUCUCCAAUACAAAUUUAAUACCAAGUGAUAAUUAUCAUAAAUAUUGUUAUAGACAUAAUCCAGAUGUUCAAUGUAAUAAACAAUCAGAUUCAAUUAAAAUGAAUGAAAUUCAAAAAAACCUAGAGAAAUUACCAUUAAAACAUCAACAUUUCAUUAAUUCAAUUUGGUCAAGUUUUAGUAAUUCAAAUACAUUUCAAAGAAACUUAAUAUUACAAGGGAUUUUAACACAAUGUUGUUUUCCACAAUUAUCAUUCAUAUCACAAGAGAUUUCAUCAUUAAUAAGGAUUGAUUUCAUAAGUACAUUACCUUUUGAAAUUAGUUUGAAAAUUCUUUGUUAUUUAGAUUGUGCUUCUUUAUGUAACGCUGCACAAGUUUCCAAAAAAUGGCAAAAAUUAGCAGAUGAUGAUAGAGUUUGGCAUCAUAUGUGUGAACAACAUAUUGAUCGUAAAUGUCCAAAUUGUGGAUGGGGUUUACCAUUAAUGCAUAUGAAAAGAGCUCGUGAAAUAAAGAUUGAACAUGAACCAAAGACUAAAAAAAGGAAAUUGUCAUCAUCAAGUACGGGGUCACCAGAGGUAAAGACAAGACCUUGGAAAACUGUUUAUUCUGAAAGAUUUAAAGUGGAGAGAAAUUGGAGAAAAGGUUUAUUCAAAUCAAGAGAGUUUAAAGGUCAUAAAGAUGGGAUUUUAACGUUGAAAUAUGAUUAUAAAUAUCUAUUUACAGGCUCUUAUGAUUGUUCAAUCAAAAUAUGGGAUAUAAAUACUGGUGAAGUUUUGAAAACAUUGGAAUCUCAUACAAAAGGUGUUAAAUCACUUGUAUUUGAUGAACAAAAAUUAAUUACAGGAUCAUUUGAUCAUACUAUAAAAGUUUGGAAUUAUCAUACAGGUCAGUGUAUUUCCACAUAUAGAGGACAUACAGAUUCAGUGUUGAGUGUUGAUUUUUUCAAGAAAUAUAUUGUUAGUGGUAGUGCGGAUAAGACGUUAAAGAUCUGGAAUGUUGAAACUAGAACAUGUUAUGCAUUAAGAGGACAUUUGGAAGGUGUUAAUAGUGUCAAGAUUCAUUCUAAAAGUUUAACAGUGUUCAGUGGAUCUGAUGAUGCCACUAUUAGAAUGUGGGAUUUGAAAACGAAUAAAUGUUUAAAGAUUUUCAAAGGACAUAUUGGGCAAGUUCAAAAAGUUAUUCCAUUGAAUAUACCUGAAGAUUAUGAUUUAGUUAAAGAGGAUGAAGAUGAUGAGAAAGAUGAGGAUGAUGAAGAUGAGGAAGAAGAAGAAGAUAAUGAAGAAUUUGGAGAGAUUGAUUAUUCAGAUGAGACAAGACAAUAUCCAACCUAUAUUUUAUCAGCUUCAUUAGACAAUACUAUUAAAUUAUGGAAUGUUAAAACAGGUAAAUGUAUUCGUACCCAGUUUGGACAUGUUGAAGGGAUCUGGGAUAUUAGUGCUGAUACUUUUAGAAUAGUUAGUGGGGCACAUGAUCGUUCUACAAAGAUAUGGGAUUUACAAAGUGGUAAAUGUAUGAAUACAUUUGCAGGACAUAAUAGUCCAGUUACGUGUGUUGGGUUGGGAGAUUCUAGUUUUGCCAGUGGAGAUGAUACUGGUGUUGUUCGUAUGGUUAAUUUUGAUGUUGAUACUUUGGAAUGA